AACUCGAUGAGUCAAGCGUCAAAAACGUGCAAUGCCAUCUAAAUGCAAAUGCGUCAAUUUAAUAGCUCCUCUGUGCAUUUGACAAACUGUGAAAAUUAAUAAAUUUGCGACUGGCUGUGUUCAUCAAAAUCAUUAAAAACGACGGUAUCGGCGAAUCUAACUGGACUUGGGAGCACAAUGGCAGCCAGCGACUCAGCGGGCGACGAUUCUUUGUACCCCAUCGCAGUUUUAAUUGACGAAUUAAAAAAUGAAGAUGUUCAGCUCCGUCUUAAUUCAAUCAAAAAGCUGUCCACAAUUGCAUUGGCUCUUGGAGUCGAAAGAACUAGAAAGGAGCUCAUACCCUUUCUCACAGAAACAAUUUAUGAUGAGGAUGAGGUCCUUUUGGCACUUGCUGAGCAGCUAGGACAGUUCAUCACUCUGGUAGGAGGCCCUGAAUAUGCCUACUGUCUUUUACCUCCUCUGGAAAGUCUAGCUACGGUAGAGGAAACAGUUGUGAGAGACAAAGCUGUAGAAUCACUCAGGGCUGUUGCCCAACAGCAUAGUCCUGCGGAUUUGGAGAAUCAUUUUGUUCCUUUGGUUUUGAGAUUGGCCACUGGAGAUUGGUUCACCUCUAGAACUUCCGCUUGUGGACUAUUUUCAGUUUGUUAUCCACGUGUAUCGGCUACAAUGAAAUCAGAGCUGAGAAAAAGAUUCACAGAUCUAUGUCAAGAUGAUACUCCCAUGGUGAGGCGAGCAGUAGCUACCAAGUUAGGGGAAUUAGCCCAGGUGGUUGAUUUGGAGCAUCUCAAAUCUGACUUGAUACCACUGUUUGUUCAUCUAGCGCAGGACGAACAGGAUUCUGUAAGAUUAUUAGCCGUAGAAGCUUGUGUUAACAUUGCAACACUUUUGCCACAGGAAGAUGUAGAUCAACUUGUAAUGCCUACUUUGCGACAAUGUACAGGUGACCAAUCAUGGAGAGUGCGUUACAUGGUGGCUGAUAAAUUCACAGAAUUACAAAAAGCAGUUGGACCCGAAAUAACGAGAACUGAUCUAGUUCCUGCCUUCCAGAGCCUUUUAAAAGAUUCUGAAGCUGAAGUCAGGGCUGCAGCCGCGAACAAAGUUAAAGAUUUCUGCCAGAAUUUAGAUAAAAGUCAUCAGGAAAGUAUCAUCAUGAACAACAUCCUGCCCUGUGUCAAAGAAUUAGUCACCGAUGUCAAUCAACAUGUCAAGUCCGCUCUUGCUUCGGUAAUCAUGGGAUUGAGUCCAAUUCUGGGCAGGCACAAUACAAUUGAACAUCUGUUACCACUUUUCCUGACACAACUCAAAGAUGAAUGUUCUGAAGUAAGGUUAAAUAUUAUUUCCAAUUUAGACUGUGUAAAUGAAGUUAUUGGCAUUCAACAACUUUCACAAUCCCUUUUACCUGCCAUAGUGGAAUUGGCAGAAGACUCAAAAUGGAGAGUUAGAUCUGCAAUCAUUGAGUACAUGCCUCUUUUAGCCGGACAAUUGGGAAGAGAAUUCUUCGAUGAAAAAUUAAACACCCUUUGUAUGACAUGGUUGAUGGAUCAUGUAUUUGCCAUAAGGGAGGCGGCAACCCUGAAUCUUAGAAAAUUGGUCGAUCAGUUCGGUGCCGAAUGGGCCGAGAAUACGAUUAUUCCUAAAGUCCUAGCGAUGUCCCGUGAUCAAAACUACCUUUAUCGAAUGACCUGUCUUUUCUGUAUCAAUGUCCUGGCGGAAGCAUGUGGCAGUGAUAUUACCACCAGAUUGCUUCUUCCUACAGUUCUUUUAAUGGCAAAUGACAAAGUAGCAAAUGUAAGGUUCAAUGUGGCGAAAACCCUACAAAAAAUCGCUCCACAGCUAGACCAGGCCGUCAUCCAACCACAAGUUAAACCAAUCUUAGACAAACUGAAUGUAGAUUCCGAUAUUGACGUUAAAUAUUCAGCUUCUGAAGCCAUUGCGGGCAUCACUGCUUUAGGGUGAAUACUAACAGGAAUGUGAAAUUAUGAUAAAACGAGCUGACAGAAAGAUACAAAAUGAAACAUUAUUAUACAUAAUAAAAUAUUAAUUACAGUAGAUCAUAAUGUCUGUCUGUUGUGCUUUAAUAUUAUUUAAGAAAACUGUAACAUAGAGAACCUUUGACAAGUAUAAUGUUAAAUUCAUACGAUACCGAUUCACCAAUUUUAUGUUAUCUGAAAACUUCAUGAGGUUCAAAACUACAUUCAUUUUAUCCUAAACGAUUCUUUAUUUUGUAUUAUAGCAGGUUAUUCUUAAUAAAAUUUUCUUCUUA